AUGGCCGAGCCUUCCGUCCCUUCCCGUCAAGGCUACGGCUGUCAACGUGAGCACCUCGACCCAAACGAUCCAGAAGCCGAACCGGGUGCUGCAGAGGCAUGGAAUGCAUACCUUCUCGAAUUAGCAAAAGCGGAAUCCAGACUACCAAUCCCCAUAACAAAGACCCCAGAGCUACCACUCGUUCUACAACCUGAAGUUUCUAUUUUCGUGGGAACCGAAGGUGAUGAUGCCGCUAUAUCUUUGUCGAGGACGACGCCUCCUGGUGCUGCUACAACUUCUACCGUUGUUACUGACGAUGGGAAAGUAGAAUUGACCUUAGCUCAAGUUUGUGAGUCGAUGAGGAUCCAUAGGCUGGAAACUCAAGCUGAACUACAAGCUGUUGAGGAUCAAUUCCGGAAGGAUUGGGUAGCUAGAGGGUUUUCGUUGGAUUUACUACCUGAAAACAUCAACGGCGAUAACGACAACAAUUCUUCUUCCUCUACGAAAAAGACGGCAAAAUCUAAUUCUAAUUCUAAAGAUGUCGACGAUGAACCAUUGGUACAGAUGUUGGAACGGAUACAGAUCGAAAGCGAAUCAUGGAAUCCACAUAACAGAAAGAAAAAGGGAGCUACCGCUAAGGGGGUUUCAAUGAAAAAGACUGCCCCUCAGGGACCUGAUAAAGAGGUACUAAGGAAGCUGGUGUACCUCGCUACAAAACGUUAUUUACCGGAAACUAUCACCUCCGUGGUUUCUGGCCCUAAUGAGUGUCGACCGGUAUCUUCACUGUCAUCAAACUCUUUACUCCCCGAAAUGGUCCAGCAUACAAAAUAUCUACCGGCUGACCCGCCCGUGAUAAAUCUUCCAAGUCUUACCAAUGAGGAGGUACAAGCUGUUAUGGAUAGUAAGAUCAAGGAGGAACAAGACUACAAAGCGAGGGUACGUGCUCUUGAGGAUAGCAUCAGGAGGAACGAAAAACUGUUUGAGGAAGGGGAGGAGUACCUAAGACAUUUCGAAGAGAUGAAGGCAAAACAACAGACAGAAUUCGAAGAUAUGAUCUUGAAGAGGAGGAAGGCCGUGAGAGAGGAGGCUGCCAGAAGGCAAAAAGAAGAUGAAGAGAGAAUUAAGAGAGAAGCAGAGGAGAAAAGGAGAAUGGAGGCUGCUCAGGCGAAAGAAUUGGCCGAGCGGCUGAGAAGAGAGGAGGAACAGCGGAGGUUGGCGGAGAUCAGAGAAGCGGAAAGGAGGGCGAGGGAAGAACAAGAAAGGCAGCAGAAGAUCAAGGAGGAAGCUCAACGGAAGAAAGACGAGGCUGCGAGAAAGGCCAAAGAGGCACAAGAUGCGCAGCAAGCGGUUGAACUGGCGGCGAAAGAGAAAGCGCAGCUGUUCCUUCAGGAAAGAGAGCGGCAAAAGCUUGAAAAAGAGAAGCAAGUUCAGGCACAGCAGGCGCAACAGGUACAACAGGUACAGGCGCAACAAGCACAGGCGCAACCGCAGCGGGCGACAGCACCAGGGGUUGUGAAUGAAGCCGGAAUCAAGGAAAUGGUUGAGAGGCUGCUUUCAACGAUGCCAUACGCUACUUCCGAAUACGAAAACAUUAAGGCUAAGGUCAUCCAACUCCUGGCAUGGAAACAAAGAUACUUGCAGGGAAUCAUCAAGAUGGGCCCUCCAAACCCCGGAUACGCUCGGUUUUUUUCGUCUUACGCUGAAUUCCGUGUCUCUAUGGGGGUCGUGGAACUCAGAGUUAAAACAAUCAAGACCUAUUACAUGAACGGUGAUUUGACCAAUUUCAAGACGAAAUUGUCAAAGAAGGUUAUGCAAGUCGUCGGGAAUAGCAAUGGUUACUUGGAUGCCGCAAAGGUUAUCGUCGGUCAAUUACAAGCCGUCAACGUUGUUAGCCAAGAGAAGGAGCCCCAAAUCAUUGCCGUAGAUGAUUUUGUUAACCCCCAACAGAAAAAGACUGGGGAUAGGGGUCUUCCGGGAAUCUUCCUAUCUCUUUACAACUUCAUCAAAAUUAUUCUUGUCAAAGCAAUGACUGAAGGGCCUGAGAAAAUUGCUAUCCUAAAAGCCCUGGCUACGCUUCUAAAUUCGGUUAUGGGUGGGAACGCAACCUUCUGGAGACAUUCGGCACUUACUAUGAUCCUUUAUUUCCGAUUUUUUGAGCAAUCGCCUACUCUAUUCGGUGCCAUGGGUGAGAAGAAGGACAUUGGGUACCGAACGAUUGGCGGACAAAUUGCCGAAUCUCCGACAGAGGUCAAUGGUCGCGCGGAGGUCGUAGCCACGAUCUUUUGUCUAAUGGGAAUUCUUCGACCAAGCAAUACAAAGCGAGAACAGAUUCUUACGAUAGUUGAUGUUCACCGUGCACUGAUGGUGAACCUAUCCGUCCCCGUUCAUCUCCGAGAUGAAUUACAUUACAUCAAUAUCCGUACAGUCAUGACAAUCGCGCCCUGGACGCUACGAACCUAUUUAGGUUACGAAGGGGUAGUUAAAUUAGAAUCAGAGAUAGUUAAGUACUGUAGAGAGGAGACGAAUGUGAAGCUCAAGGCGCUGGCUAGUUUAUUGAUGGAACAGGCGAAACAGUUGCACAGCCAGGGAUUUACAGAUCGAAGAAAGGAGUUUGGAUGCGAUGAAUGGAGGUACUGGGAUCCGGCAGAUGUCAAAGAUACUAAUGCGAAGAGAAGGGCGGUUGGAGAGGUUGUUCAUCCGGGCCAGGAGAAGGUGGAUUAUGAGGUUACUAAGGGGAGGAUUGAUAGGGAAACAGCCAUUGAAGAAAAGUUUAGACCUCCUGGGGCGGAGUCGGCGCCGCAGAGGAUGUAA